AUGGAGGCCAUCGUGUCGCAAAUGCAGCGCGACUUGCGCGCCAAGUACAGCCACGUCAUGGUCAAGUGGUACGAGGCGGUAGAAUGGACCGAGCCGCUGAUCGUGGGGCUGCUCUGCUUCCAUGUCGCGCUCUUUGCCGCACUGUGGCUGACGCGCAAGCGGCUGUCCGUGCAAUGUGUGCUCUUUGCGGUCGUUAUCGCGCUCCUGCUGAUCACAGAGGCGCUCAACAAGUGGGCGAGGACGCACUGGCGUCUUGUCGCUUCCCAGCGAUAUUUUGACGAGCAGGGUGUCUUUAUGGGCAUUUUCUACGCUGGGCCACUGCUCGUCGCAGGGUUUUUCCAACUGAUGCUGAGUAUGAAGCAGAUGGUCGACAUGGUCGUGAUUGUCAAGCGAGUAGAACAUCGACAACAGCUCAAGGCCAAGAAAGAUCUAUAA